GCGUACCGCCUUUAUUGAACAUGGCGACCCAAGGACCGAAUGGAGAUUUUCCUUAUUUACCUUCGGGGGCAGCGGAGGUGAACCGACUCAUCCAGGAAAAUGGCGACCUGUUUUCUGAGUCGCAGUGUCGAGUGUGCAACGCUGUCCUCAUUUCAGAGUCACAGAAACUCGCACAUUACCAGAGCAAGAAGCAUGCAAGCAAAGUACGACGUUACAUGGCCACCCAUACUGAUGAACCCUUAGCCAAGAGAUUCAAACCAUCAUCAGAGGAUGCUGAAAGUGGUGAGACCUUGGAGGCUGAAGGGGACAAAUACAAAGCCUGCCAAGUGUGCAACAUGAGCUUUUCCUCUGCAGUGGUGGCUCAAUCUCACUACCAAGGCAAAGUGCACGCUAAGAACCUUAGAUUAAAAAGCUUCGGAGUGCAGGCACCUGCCGUGUCUCAGCCUGUUCAAGGGAAGAAGUCGGAUGGACAGACUGGAGUAGGACAAGGCUCUGCUUUGAAUGACCCCAACCGCUUCUGCACCAUCUGUCAGGCUUCUUUCAACAACCCAGUGAUGGCUCAACAACACUACAGUGGCAAGAAGCACAAAAAACAUUUGACCAAGCAGAAGCUGAUGGAGACCUUCGGACCUUCUGCCACACCAGAUUCAGCCUCAGUGGGACCUCCGCCCUACCAAACCACUGAACCCCCCUUUGGAGAAGGAGCCUCUACAGUAAAGGGCUACCCGUGUACCAUGUGUAAUAUUGAGCUCAAUUCGGUGGAACAGUACCAGGCCCAUAUUAGCGGCGCCAAACACAAGAACCACGUUCGACUCAAGGAAGGUGGCAACUCCACAAUGAACCCCCUGGGAAAAAAACAGCCGGACUAUCUGUAUGGCUAUAACCAGGAGCAGGAAGCCCAGGAGGACUGGGGCAGUUUAAAGCAGGACUAUGAGUCAGGAGGCCUGUAGAGCGUCGCUGCCCUCGACACGCUCACGACGAGCCGCUUCUAUUCAGGCUUCAAAGGCGGCGUCUCCCUUCACAACACCACAUUCUGCUCCAACAUCGCUCGUUAUUCUGUACGGUGUAUCGUUCUCACUCGGAGGUAGACGAGUGAACACCUCUAACCUCCAUACUGUUUGUUUGUUUGUUUGUUUGUUUUUUUACAAGUAUUUAAACGAGUAUAAUCUUAGUGAUGCGUUAGAUAAACAGUUCAGCUGCUGCACAGAAUUAUGUAACAGCUGAUUUAUUCUCUGAGGGUCAAUCCAUCCCCCCCGCUGGACUUCGGUCUUCUCAGACUGGAGUUGUGCAAGAGUUAAGUAUUUAAUAAUAAAAAGUAGUAUCCUUUAUGUUUACUCUUGAGCUUUGUAGUCAUUUUUUUUGCUUUUUUGUUUGUUUUUAGAGUAAAGAUAGCUUAGGUUCCUGAUUGCUUUGUUUCCAUGGUUAAUGUGAACUCUCUCUCUACUUUUUGUCCAAUGGAUGGAAAAUAGCAGAUAAGGUUUUUUUUUUUUAAUAUGUUUCUCUCCUAUUUUGUACAGGACUCCAUUGAUGGCAUCACUACUUAAAGAAAAAAUAGCGUAUUAAUGGCAACAACGAGGGAAGAAGAGAAAUAAGCACGGCCACGUAUUAAGUGUACGUAUAACACGCUUGGAGGGAAAAGCUGCUGCUCGUUCUGUAUUAGUUAUGAUGUCGUAUGAUCUAAAUCCUGAAGAAUUUUUCAUGCACAAUUUAUCAUUACGUCGUACUGCAUGUUUUUCCGAGAAUAGAACGAUCAUUUUGCGUAAGUUUGUUUAAAGGUGCAGUAGUCAAGUUUGUGUUUUUUUUGUUUGUUUUUUUUUCCUUCCCCUCCUUACUUUUGCAAGUAACCUGCAAAGUAAGUAAAACAUGAUUUUAAAAAAUAUUGGUUAGAAGCCAUGAGCUGAGGACAAAAUAAUUACGUGGAUGAGAAAAUCCUUUGGAAAACUGAUUUCCAGUCCGGAUUCGGGAUGGGAUGGGUCUCGUGUGAGUCAUUUUAGAGUUUACUACUGAGAUUAUGUAAAUCCUGUGGGUGGAGCUUUGAGUGUGAGAAGGAGGUGGGGCAUCUUACCUAACGAACCUUUAAAGUGCCAUUCCACCAUUGGAUGUAUUCUUUGGCAUAAAAUACAAUAUAUUUUGACAACAUAUAUAAAUGGUAUCACUAGAUAGAGAAAUCUUUUAGCUUCAAAAUGAUAUAUCAAACAUAAUUUUUUGACAACGACAAGUAUAUUAAUUUUGCGACCAAAGUCACCUACCCUUUUAAUUUCCGCGCGUGAUGUCAUCGGCAGGUUCCUCUUCUUGUGUACCACGUGACAUGGCACAUAUCAGCAAUGGCGGAUAGAACGCGAUAAAAAUAAUACCAAUAAAUCUAGCUAAUACCAAUAAAUCUAGCUAACUGAAAGAUUAACUCAAAUUUUUUCGCAAUUUUUUUGGCCCCCAUAUACGAGGAGAAAUGACUGUCUCACUUUGGGGGUUUCCUGGUCUAAAAAUAGAAGGGGAACCUGCUGAUGACAUCACGUUUCACUACCGCGCGGAAAUUAAAAGGGUAGGUGACUUUGGUCGCAAAAUUAAUAUACUUGUCGUUGUCAAAAAAUUGUUUGAUAUAUCAUUUUGAAGCUAAAAGAUUUCUCUGUCUAGUCAUGUUGUCAUAAAAUAUAUUGUAUUUUAUGCCAAAGAAUACAUCCAAUGGUGGAAUGGCACUUUAAUUAAAAUGAUAGUGGUGUGUGUGUGUGUGGUGGUUUUUUUAGGUAAAUUGUGUAGAACACAUACACAACAAUUUUUUCAGUAACAUUUCAAUCUGACUUUUGGCUGAACAGUUGAAUUCUCCCCCCAUUACUGCGUCUUCUACUUUGAGUUGUUGUAAAUGAUGAGACUGAUUUAUAUGGUCAUCGUUCGUUUUGCGUCCGUCCGUCCGUCUGUCUGUCCAUCCGAGAUUUCCGUUAGCGCUGUAUCUUGAGAGCGAGUGUUUGAACGUUAGUAGAAUUAUCAUUUUAACCAGCAGAUGAAAUUUUGCUUUUAGAUUUUUGGAAUUGAUCCAGUUAAGGGUCAAGGACACAGCAAGGUCAAAGGUCUGAAAUAGUUUUUAUUCAAUAGCAUCCUUCCUGUAUGAAGUAUAUUUUAAAGUUGUUUUUUUUUCUCUCGUCGUAUUGUGUAUAGCAAUGGUAUGAUGGUGCGUGUUAACUAAUAUCUUAACUAAAACAGAUGAGCAGCAGGUUCUCAAGUGUGCCGUGGUUUCUGUCAAACCCUGUAUACACACACAUACACACGUCACAAUUUUCUCAUUCCUUCGAUUUAACGAUCUCAUUCACACACCGUACUAAAUCAUGGCCGCGCGUUCGCAUCUCACUCCUGUACACCUUUAAGAAGGAUGUCAUCAGUACGUCUCUGUAAUUUUGUCUCUCUGUGUCUUAAGUUUAAUAGACUAAUGACUAUGCUCUCUGUCUGUCUGUGUGUGUGUGUGUGUGUGGUUAUGCUAGUCAUGUGUGUGUAAAACUGAUCAGUCCUAUCUGAAGGACGUGUUCAUUUGACGUCUUGAAGUGAUUAUAAAGGUUAACUAUGGACAGAUGUGCGCGUAUGUAUACCAUUAAACGUAGCACAACAUUUCAGUUGUGUUCUCAUGUGGAUAAAAUCGUGGUCAGGUGAUGGAGCAGUGGUGCUGGUGCUGGUUGGACUGAUACGAGAGUCAUAAUUAAAAUUCCUGUUUUAGUUUACAGGCCUGUAGGAGUCGCCAAGUACAAUUUCCUUGGGUGUAAAUUCCUCCGCUGCAUCUGCUGAAAUCGUUUAAAAAAAAAAAAAAAUCUAUAAUGAGCUUAUUCUAAAAUAUAUGGUAUCUUUUCAUUAAAAAAAAGACUGAACUUCUUGAGGACAUACAGUAUUAGGAUAUUUGUGUGUUAAGACUUAACCAUCCAUCAGCUUUCAUUCUGCAAAACACGUAAACCAGUUAACCCUGAGUAACACACAGACCUGAAUUCAAUUCUUUGAUUUCAAUCUAUUUUUGUUCAACAGUUUAUUCAGUACUGCGUUAUCAUCCACCAUAGAAAAAGUGAGCAUUUGUUAUUUGUUAAAGACUGAAAAACGUAUGACGGCUGUGUGUGUGUGUGUGUGUGUGUGUGUGUGUGUGUGUGUGUGU